AGCCGACAGCAAACGGCCAGCAACUGUCCAGUUGGUGUGUUCGUAGUGGCUUGACUCUAAGUAUUUUUUCAUUCAACGGUUUCGGCUUGGUGCCUGGUGUGUACCACAUUUCCCAUAGCCAAGUGAGUUAGUAGUGCUCACGAUGGCAAACCAGUGCUCAGUGUUGGUUUUGUUGAUUGUUUGUUGCAUUGUUUCUGCUGUGAAUGCAAACCCCACCUGGCAGAAGAGUGAUCACUGGAAGCACCAUGGUUGUGGUUAUGAGGGAUGUCCGGCUCCGAAGGAGGGAAUGAUCAACGUUCACCUAGUUCCACACAGCCACGAUGAUGUCGGUUGGCUUAAGACGGUCGAUCAGUAUUACUAUGGAAGCCGUAACAACAUUCAGAAAGCGGGAGUGCAAUAUAUUCUCGAUUCGGUUGUGCACGAACUACUGAAAGAUCCGAAACGUCGCUUCAUCUACGUAGAGUCGGCCUUCCUCCAGAGGUGGUACAUGGAACAGACACCGGAGAUGCAACAGCAGGUACACAUGUUGGUAGAGGAAGGUCGUCUAGAAUUUGUCGGUGGUGCCUGGAGCAUGAACGAUGAGGCGGCCGUUCACUACCACAGUGUUGUUGAUCAGUUUACCUGGGGUUUGCGGUUCUUGAACGAUACGUUUGGAGAGUGUGGACGUCCACGAAUUGGAUGGCAGAUUGAUCCAUUCGGCCACUCCCGUGAACAGGCGUCUCUGUUCGCACAGAUGGGCUACGAUGGUUUGUUUUUCGCUCGACUCGACUACCAGGACAAAAAUAAUCGUAUGCAGAAGAAAACACCUGAAAUGAUCUGGUACACUAGUAGCAAUUUGGAGGAGAACGAACUGUUUACUAGCGUACUGUACAAUCAUUACUCUGCACCGCCGGGUUACUGUUUCGAUGUGCUCUGUAACGACGAUCCGAUGAUUGAUGAUCACCAGAGUACUGAUUACAACAUAAAAACCAAGAUUGACACAUUUAUCACCUGGUUGGAGAAGAUGGCCGAAUCUUAUCGAACGAACAAUUUGAUCCUUACGAUGGGUGAUGAUUUCAAUUACAUGAACGCCGUGAUGAACUUCAAAAAUAUGGACAAACUUAUCAAGUACACUAAUGCACGUCAGUCUGAGGGAUCGAAGAUAAACGCAUUCUACUCGACUCCUUCCUGCUACGUUAAAGCGGUCCAUGCUGCAAAUGUUGAAUUACCCACAAAGUCCGACGAUUUCUUCCCUUACGAGUCGGAUUAUCAUUCGUUCUGGACGGGCUACUUUACAUCCAGACCUACCCAGAAGCGUUACGAACGGGAAGGAAAUCAUUUCCUGCAGGUUUGCAAGCAACUGUCGACCAUUGCACCAACGAAGGAAACGUUCUACGAAGCUCACCUGACUGCUCUUCGGGAUGUGAUGGGAGUGAUGCAGCAUCACGACGCGAUCACUGGUACCGAGAAGCAACAUGUUGCUGACGACUAUGCACGCAUGCUGUACGAGGGUUUCGAGGCUUGCAGUGUCAAUACCAGGUCGGCACUGAACCAACUGGCUGGAGAACGGGACACCUUGAAGUUCGAUUGGGGAUACUGCAAGCAGGCGAACAUCAGUGCUUGUGUAAUGACCGAGAACUCGGAUAACAUUUUGGUGUUGUUGUACAAUCCUCUGGGACACAGCUCGAACGACUUUGUCCGCCUCCCGGUAAAGGAAGGACAUUAUCUGGUACGAAAUGAUCGAGGACAAACAGUUGCAUCCACCUUGAUUCCGAUUCCAAGCUCAGUGACCGAUCUUCCCUUCCGCGAAAGCGAGGCUACUCAUGAGCUUGUGUUCCAGGGUGAACAAGUCGCUCCGGUGGGCUACAAGUCGUAUUAUGUCUCAAAGGAUGAGUCCAAGAAAUCUUUGUCCACUGCCGAAAUGCGUCAAGAGGAUAAUGUGAGCAUCGGCAAUGAGCAUCUGACGGUACACUUCGACGAGAACGGAUUCAUGAACAUGAUAUCGAUCCAUGGCGAAACACAUGCUCUGAAGCAAAACUUCCUGUACUACGACGGAGCAUUGGGAAAUAAUGAGGAGUUCCGCAACAGAUCCUCCGGAGCGUACAUCUUCCGACCAAACGGAACGGAGAAAACUGUAACCGACGUGGUUGAGAUACAGGUAGUGAAGAGCGAUCUUGUACAGGAAGUGCAUCAGAUAUUCAACGAGUGGAUCAGUCAGGUGAUCCGAGUGUAUGCAGGUCAAGAGCAUGUGGAGCUGGAAUGGCUAGUGGGGCCAAUUCCGAUCGACGAUGUUAUUGGCAAGGAAAUCAUCUCUCGGUUUGAGUCUGACAUCAAGAGCGAUGGUGCGUUCUAUACGGAUUCAAAUGGACGAGAAAUGCUUCGCCGUGUACGAAACUAUCGAGAAACAUGGGAAUUGGAUCUCGUUGAACCUGUAUCUGGAAACUACUACCCAAUAACUGCAAAGAUUGCCAUUGAAGAUGAUCAAUCCCGAUUGGCUGUGCUGAACGAUCGCGCACAGGGAGGAUCCAGCCUAGUAGAUGGACAGCUAGAGUUGAUGGUCCAUCGUCGAUUGCUUCGUGAUGAUGCAUUCGGUGUAGGAGAAGCUCUGAAUGAAACGCAAUAUGGGACAGGACUCGUAGCACGGGGAAAGCAUUGGCUCUUCUUUGGCUCGUCUCAAAAAGACGCCAGCCCUACGCUGCAGGCAAAGGAACGAUUCCUGCAAAACAAAGUUCUACUACCCAGUUGGCCAUUCGUCACUCCCGUUGAUAAUUUGUUGACCUAUGACGAUUACCUUUCGAACUUCCGCAACAUAUACUCGGCUAUCGCACAGCAGUUACCAGCGAACGUGAAUCUACUCACACUCGAGCCAUGGAAGGAUGGAACGGUGCUAGUACGGUUUGAACAUCUGUUCGAGAAGAACGAAGAUCCAGUAUAUUCCCAAGUCGUUCGCAUUAAUGUUCGCAACGUUUUGUUUGCGUUGAACAUCGAAAGUAUCCAUGAAACUACACUCGCAGCAAACCAGUGGAAGAUGGACUCCCAACGAUUGCAAUUCAGUGCAGAGUCUUCAGCUAAUGAAAUUAAUCCAAAGCAGCAGGUUGAACAUGUUCCGCAGGACAGCACGGACUUUGAUAUCGAACUGCAACCGAUGGAGAUUAGAACGUUUGUAGUGAAACGGCGAUAAAUACAGAAAUGGGUCGGGUGAUCGUAUACAAUGGUACUGUAUAGGGGAACGUUUUUUAAUUAAUAAAUCUGAAAAUGAAAUGAA